AUGGAGGCGGAGAAAGGUGAUCGCCUCCCAGCAGCAGAACGAAAGCGGCUGAAGAAGGAGACGGCAGCCGGCGCAAAAAGCGUGGCAAAAGAGUCUUUCAAGGGCCGAGAGCAGGAGGCGAAAGCCAGGGCGGAAGAGAAGGCCAAAAAGGCUGCUGAAAAAGCGGAACAGGCUCAAGCUUCUGGGAAGGUGGAGGAAAAAUUGGAGGACUUGGAUCCUUCGAAGUAUCGAGAAAAUCGCAUUGCUGCUUUGAAGCGGCUCAGUGACCCAUAUCCUCACAAAUGGGAUGUAAACAUCUCCAUUCCGGCCCUCAUCGAGAAGUACAAGGACAUUGAGGCUGGUGCACACCUGGAGUCUGAGAUCGUGUCCAUAGCAGGCCGCGUCAAGAACAAACGAACUUCUGGUGCAAAGCUCAUGUUCUAUGAUCUCUUUGCUGAUGGAGUCCGGGUACAAGUCAUGUGCCAAGCUCAACACCAUGAGGAUGGCGAUUUUGAAGAAGAACAUGCCAAGAUCAAUCGUGGUGAUAUCAUGGGCGUUCGAGGCUUCGUUGGCAAGUCGAACAAAGGAGAACUUUCUGUUUUCCCAAAGGCGGUGAAGCUCUUGGCCACCUGCCUGCACAUGCUGCCAAAGGAUCACCAAGGACUUAAGGAUCAAGAGGUGCGCUACCGUCGGCGCUACCUGGAUUUAAUGCUCAAUGAGGACGUCAGGCGCACAUUUUACAUCAGAUCCAAGAUUGUGAACUUCAUCCGCCAUUUCCUCGAUAGUCGUGGCUUUCUUGAAGUGGAGACACCCAUGAUGAAUAUGAUUGCAGGUGGUGCAACUGCAAAACCUUUCAUCACUCACCACAAUGAGCUGGACCUAGACCUGUACAUGCGGGUGGCUCCAGAGCUUUACUUGAAGAUGCUAGUGAUUGGUGGUCUAGACCGAGUGUUUGAGAUCGGCCGCAACUUCCGCAAUGAGGGCAUUGAUUUGACGCACAAUCCGGAAUUCACCGCAUGCGAGUUCUACAUGGCAUAUGCGGACUACAAUGAUUUGAUGGACAUGACGGAAGAGCUCUUCAGUGCAAUGGUUCUGAACAUUAAGGGCAGCUACAAGAUCGAGUACCACCCAAACGGACCUGACAGUCCUCCAGUGGAAAUAGAUUUUACACCGCCCUGGCCUCGCAUUUCCAUGGUUGAAGAGAUUGAGAAGAAGGGUGGCGUGAAAUUGGGGCGAAAUUUUGAUGACCCAGAGACACUCAAGAAGCUGGAUGACUUGGUCACCAAGUUGGAGCUGGAGUGUCCGCCGCCGCGUUCUGCAGCGCGUUUGCUUGACAAGCUUUGCGGCCACUACAUCGAGGAUCACAUUGUGAGUCCAAGCUUCAUCACUGAACAUCCACAAGUCAUGAGCCCAUUGGCGAAAUGGCAUCGGAGCAAGCCUGGCCUGACAGAGCGAUUUGAGCUUUUUGUCAAUACGAAGGAAAUUUGCAAUGCGUACACCGAGCUGAACGACCCCGAACGGCAAAUGCAGUGCUUCUUGGGGCAGCAAAAAGCAGCUCAAGAGGGAGAUGAUGAAGCCCAAGGCGUUGACCAUGAAUUUGUCACAGCCCUGGAGCAUGGAUUGCCUCCAACAGGAGGCUGGGGAUGUGGAGUUGACCGGCUGACCAUGUUCCUCUCAGACAAGCGACCUGGCUCAGAGAUGCUCAGAGCGUUGACCACCAAGUGUGCUGCAUUUCCAGUCUUGGGGGCUGAUGUCAGCAUGCGUGGUGUGAGGAAGAGCUUUGGCACUUACCACGACCUGGACUUGUCGGACUUUGCAUUGCUAGCCGAGGGCAGCUCUGGGGCUUGGAGCGGUUUUAAUUUCUUGGUUGGCUUCGUUAUUGUGUUUAGAACAUCCCAAGCAUACACUCGUUUUUGGAAUGCAUUGAGUGAUACGCAUCAGAUGAUGGCUGCAUGGCUGGAAGCAGCAAGUAGCAUCGUUGCCUUUUCAAGGAGCUCACCUUCAGAUCCUUUGCUGGUUGAGAACUGGCUUCACACGGUCAUUCGUUUGUUCAGCUUGCUGAGUGCUUCAGCUUUGCAAGAAUUGACCGACGUUGCAUACCAUCAUACGUGGGGACUGCCAACGCUCGAUGCAUCUGCAAUUGACCCACAGAGCAUCAACACUCUUGAUGCUUCUUCCUGUAGGGUCGACUUGUUGUAUCAUUGGAUUCAACAGUUUGUUUGCGAUGGUAUCCAGCUUGGAAUCCUGACUACGCCACCACCCCUGCUGAACCGUACGUUCUUUGAGCUGGCAAAGGGCAUGGAUAAAUAUCAGGAUGCGAUGAAACAUUCAAAGAUCGCGUUUCCAUUCCCGUACGCGCAAACUACAUUGAUGCUUUUGAUUUUUCAUUGGAUCUUGACACCCCUGGUCAUGGUACAAUGGACCAAUACUGUUUUGGGAUCCGCAGUAUUCACAUUUGUUCAAGUAUUCACAUUGUGGUGCCUGAACGCUACUGCUGUUGGUUUUGAGCGACCCUUUGGCGGUGAUGAAAAUGACAUUGAUCACAUAGAACUGCAGAUGACUAUGAACAAGAGCCUCAUCAACUUGAUGGAACCAAGAUCACGGCGGCUUCCAUUCAUACCCGCAUCAACUUUUUUGGACAUUGAUGUUUUGAGGAAGAGAGACACGAUUCACUCAGCUGCUUUGCACCAGGAAGGUUGGGAACUGAAAGAUUUGGACACCGCAGGCUUUUGGAAAGGCGCUGUUUUGCAGUCCCUGUGUGCCUUUUGCAGCUGCAGAUGUCGCAGCAAACGUGCCAACACGCACCGUAGCAUGAUUGCAGUUUCUACAAGAUACAGUAGCAAGCGGUAUUGUGUAAUUGAUGGUCAGAGGACGGCAGUGCUGACUGUCGGCAUCGUUGGCUCUGAAUUGUGCUUAGCACUUCCAGCGCUUCCCAACGACAGCCGGAGUACAUUUGGGGUGCUGAAUGUCAACGGACAGCAGUGCACCUUGCGCGCCAAAAGGAUCCCUAUUCAACAGAGGCACUUGCUAACCAAAGCGCCAGAUCCGGCGUGGAACGAAGACUACCUUGACUUUCCACCUGACUACAAUUUUGCAGCUGAAGUAUUGGCAAAAGCAUGUGACACCCAGAGAGGGUCCAGAGCUGUUGUGAAGCAAGAGGAAGCGGAAGGGGAAGAGGAAGCGAAGGCCUGGCCAGCCUGCCCAGCCCUGCAAGGUUUGCCCGCCCCGCCAGCCAAACAUUUUGCAUGA